GUCACUAGGGGAACGUAUCUUUCGUGGCCGCCAUUUUCUUAUUUACCAAUGCAGCAGCUAUUAUGUCCUUGUUUAUGGCACAAAGGGAAAAAGCGGCGGCCAUUUUCUUGUAGUCCGUGGAUUGUGGUCAAGCCGGUACCAGAGUGUUUCCUUGUAGAGUAGAAGAGAGGACCCGGAGGAUGUUACUGGGGUUCUUUGGUGAGGAAGGGAGGAAUACAGACAAAUGAGCUGUGAGGAACACAAGUCAUUCACAUAAGGAUGAGAUGCGUCACUGAUUCGCUGAGGAUGGACAAGGAUAGGAGUCACAUGACUGAGAGGAUAGUAACUCUCACCCUGGAGAUCAUCUACCUGCUGACAGAAGAGGAUUACACAGUAGUGAAGAAGACAUCCGGUGAGUGUGAGACACCCAGUAGCCGUUCCCGUGUGUCAGGAGAACUGAGCAGGACCCAUCGCCCCAUCACGGAACCUCCACCUCACUCACUGAUACAUGGGAGAGACAGUGACCAGAAGAUCCUGGAACUCACCAACAAGAUCAUUCAGCUGCUGACUGGAGAGGUUCCUAUAAGGUGUCAGGAUGUCACUGUCUAUCUCUCCAUGGAGGAGUGGGAGUAUGUAGAGGGACACAAGGAUCUGUACAAGGACGUGAUGGAGAAUCACCUGACCCUCACAUCACUGGAUGGAACCAGUAACCGAGAUACCCCAGAGAGAUGUCCCCGUCCUCUUUAUUCCAAGGAUUGUACACAGGAGAAUCACAGGACCCCACAGGAGGAUCAGGGUGAAGAUCUGACUGAUAUUAAAAUACGAGGUAUACAUGUGGAUGGAGACACGUGUGUGAUGGGUGAUCAGUGUAAGGAGGAAAGCCCUACAGAUACCAGCACAGUAGAUGGACGCACAAGCAGGAAUACCUCAGAGGGAGAAGGCAUUGUGUCUCCAGAUUUUAAAAUAGAAGAUAAGAACAUCAGACAAGAUACUCCAGGAGAAAACCCCAUUAUCCUAAAUAUAUACCCAGAUUUACACCAUGCAGAUAUGUCAUCUGGUCCCUCUAGUCAUGAGGAACAGUCUCCUGAUAAUUCAGAUCUUGCUACACACAGUACAGAUGAUAAAGGUGACACAGUAUCAUCCAGUACUGAAUUUGAUAAGAGCUCUAUACAUGAGUCCGUUUCUGUUAGACAUCAGAGACUGCACACAGGUGAGAAGCCAUUUCCAUGCUCGGAGUGUGGGAAAUGUUUUAAAUCAAAAUCCCAUCUUGGUGAACAUCAGAGAAGUCACACAAGUGAGAAGCCAUUUCCAUGCUCUGAGUGUGGGAAAUGUUUUAAAUCGAAAUCCCAUCUUUGUACACAUCUGAGAAGUCACACAGGUAAGAAUACAUAUUCUUGCUCUGAGUGUGGGAAGUGUUUUAUGCAGAAUUCCCAUCUUGUUGUACAUGAGAGAAGUCACACAGGUGAGAAACCAUUUACAUGCGGUGAGUGUGGGAAAUGUUUUAUACAGAAAUCCCAUCUUGUUGAACAUGAGAGAGGUCACACAGGUGAGAAGCCAUUUCCAUGCUCUGAGUGUGGGAAAUGUUUUAAAUCAAAAUCCCAUCUUGGUAAACAUCACAGAAGUCACACAGGUGAGAGGCCAUUUCCAUGCUCUGAGUGUGGGAAAUGUUUUAAAUCACAAUCCCAUCUUUGUAAACAUCUGAGAAGUCAUACAGGUAAGAAUACAUAUUCUUGCUCUGAGUGUGGGAAGUGUUUUAUACAGAAUUCCCAUCUUGUUGUACAUGAGAGAAGUCACACAGGUGAGAAACCAUUUACAUGCGGUGAGUGUGGGAAAUGUUUUAUACAGAAAUCCCAUCUUGUUGAACAUGAGAGAAGUCACACAGGUGAGAAACCAUUUCCAUGCUCGGAGUGUGGGAUAUGUUUUCCAUAUAAAUCCCUUCUAGUUAGGCAUCAGAGACUUCACACAGGUGAGAAGCCAUUUACAUGUUCUGAGUGUGGGAAAUGUUUUGCACUUAAAACAUAUCUUGUUGCACAUGAGAGAAAUCACACAGGUGAGAAACCAUAUACAUGCUCUGAGUGUGGGAAAAGUUUUAAACAGAAAUCCCAACUUGUUUCACAUGAGAGAUGUCACACAGGUGUGAAACCGUAUACCUGCUCUGAAUGUGGGAAAUGUUUUCGAUACAGAUCACAUUUUCUUACGCAUCAGAAAAUUCACACGGGAGAAAUACAAUGCCAAUGAACUGAUAUGCCUGAAACAGGGUUGCACCAAUAUUAAUGAUUAAUGAUUGUAAAAGCAGUGGAUUUUAUUUAUGUAAAUAAUUAAUAAAAGUAGGCAUGAAUACA